CGGCAAAGCAUUCGUAGAGAAUGGUUCUCUGAAGUCGGCUGGACAGCAUGUUUGGGACUGGAAUUUUGCGUUUAUCGUUGUGCCUGUGUUGUGUGAGCUGGGACGGUGUGGUGGCUUCGGCUCUUGGACAGAACCGCUCAGGUUAUCAUGAGCUUCCUCCUCCAGUGAACCUCUCUUUAAUAUCUUACAACUUCAAGACCAUUUUAACAUGGGCUUAUGAAGACAAGACACCUGAUGCAACAAACUUUACUGUUGAAGCCAGGAAUUACCGAACUGCACAAUGGGAGCUGUUUUCACCCUGCUCGAACAUUUCAUCACAUUCAUGUGAUGUCACUAAAGCCUUCAGCGUGAACCUGAGUGCAUUAAGUUCUUAUUAUGCUAAAGUCAAGGCAAUUACACAUUUUCAAGAGUCACAAUUUGCUUUGACUGACAGAUUCUCCUUUAAAGAAAAUGCCACAUUGGGUGCUCCAACUGUUGAUGUCACGGUCCAUGGACAAGAAGUUACUCUAAGAUGCAUUUUUCCUCAUGUUGAAAAGCUGAGUACAGAGACCGGCUUGAACAUAAACAAUGACUUUAAAUGUAAAAUUUGUGUUGAGCGGGAAGGACACAAUAUUUUGGCAAAUUGUUCAAUAAAAAGAUCAAGACUGAAGUUUAAUGUAACACAGUCAAGAGUUACUUUAUGUGUCUCUGCUCAAGUGAAUUCAGAACAAUGGAAAAUGAAAGCAGAAUGGUCAAGACAAAAAUGCUUCGAGGUUUAUUCCUUAAAUCUACAAGAAACAUUAAUUAUCCUUUUAGCUGUGGUUGCAUUUAUCUUGGGGCUUGCAACUGCUAGCAUUCUCUGGAAGCUUUUAAAAAAGGAAUUAGUCUUACCAAAAUCUUUGAUACUUAUUGUAAAGGCCAUCAACCCACACGUAGAGAAGAUUGAAGAGGAUGCUGUAUCUAUUGUAAUUAAAUAUGAGGAAGUGAUUCCAGUUGAGCAUGACCUCAUCUUUGAAGAAGUUGCAAAACCCAGCACAUGUCCAGAGAACCGUGAACCACAUGCUGUUGACCUGAAAUAUGCUGGGAAGAUCUGUGCAUAUGAUAGGCCUCAAAAUUUGGAGAAUGUCCUUUAAUUUCCAAGGAUGCUGUCUCCUUUCAUUGCAACUCCUUGUCCCUGGUAGAUGUUGUGCAUCAUUAUUGCCAUGCUGUAGAGUUGAUUUGUGUGAAGAAGGCACAAAAUAAAUUUAUGUGCACUAUUGUAAUGAAUUAGUUAAAUCAUCUUAGAAAGGAAUUCCUAAUACAAGCCGAACAAUAUAAGGUUUGGGAUCCGAACAAUGUUAACUUUUCAGAAUUUGGUUGGUAGCAAGAA